ACAGUAACUCUUCAAGGUCAUGUUGUUCUGGUAAUUUUCCACAGAUUUGUUAUCAUAUGUCAUAGCGAGCAGCUGAUCAACCGCGUAGGAGCAAGUACUGCAACCGAUUGUGUGUGAUAGAAACAAGUCUUCCCUGUGCAAUAAUUCAAAAGCAGCACAUAACAAUCAGACCUUAACCCUGAAUCUGCUGAGACGAGAUACCUGGAAGGAAAAAUGGUACGCCUGACAUGUGAAUGUUUGAAUGUGAACAUCCACAGCAAGACCCCCAACCUUGUCACUGCUGAUGUUGCAAACUUAGGAUUAAAUGAAACUCUCCAGAAAGAAAUAAAAUACUCAGAAUUAGCUGAAGUUCAGUUGGAUCUGGAAGGAAUAUCUCAGGAACACCCUUGUCUACUGAAGAAGAAAACUGUUGGACAUUGGACCACAUAUGAGUGUGUCAACUGUGGUUUACUGACACACGCUGUCAACACUGCCUCCAGGAGCAAUAGAAUUCUAGUCAACAAAAAGUUACUGAGAGACGCUACGGCUAUUGAGAGUUUGAUGCAGUCUCCAGACUAUUCUCCUCUGUACAAUAUUGUGCUGAAGGGAGUGAAUGACAAUCAGCACAGGUUCACACCUUUUGGCCUCCAGUCCAGUAAAUAUGAAUCUCUGCAGGAAACUUUGACUGCCGUCCAACAAAGACUGAACCAGUAUCUGAUACAAGAAGAGGCUGCAAUGGAGGAAAGAAUUAGAAAAUAUCAAGAGGAACAGAGAACACAGUAUGCAAAACUUCAAAGCAAAGCAAGGAGGGAUAAAAAUACUUUGAUCAGUUCCCUGCUUGCUUCAGAAGCCAAAGAUCUCACCGAGUCUCUGACAGAAGCAAUGGUAGAUGAUUCUAGUCCAGAAAAUAGUGUGGAAGCGAGCAGUUUGACUGAGUCAUCCAGCUUAGAGCAAGACACAAGGAACCAGAACAAGGUGUCACCAGUGCAGCAACAGGACAAGAAAAGCCAAAGUAACUACCAGUCUCAUCAACUACUGCAACGAACCACCUCUGCUCCUGUGAGGCUUCAGAGCAAUAGAAGUUUAGAUGAAGUAUUUGAGCUGGAAGGCUUAGAUGACGAUGAAGACUUACCAGCUUUUGAUGAGUCAGAUGAUGAUACAGAUAACAGUAUGAAUGAAGACCAGAGCGAUAGCAGUGAUAGAGACAGUGGGAUCUACUCGCGCUCCAUCCCCAUAUCUGUUCCUAUGGCAUUCAGGACAGGAAAGUUCUCUGAGAGGGAAGAGGAAGAUGUAUAUAAGACAGCCCCAGACCCAGAACACAUGGCGGCAAGUAUUAAAGCCCUAGCACUCAGCGUCCAUGAGGACGGAACAGAAAUGUUUGGCGAUCUGCCAAGACCACGCCACAACACAUGGGGUGACCAUCACAGACCACACAGAAGCUUUAGACACUAGCAGAUAGAGAUGCUUAAUCUUGAGUGACUCUUUUUCGGAGAUAUCAAGAGGAACUUGGAUCUAACUGUACUUUUUACACAUUGACUAUCCAUGAAGUGUGAUAUCGUCACCUAUGGGUUAAAAUAUAUGUUGCUAAAGUGAUGGCGCCACCUAUGUGGUGAAAUUUUUGUUCGUUAAGUGAUGGUGCCAACUGUUGUUUGAUAUAAAACUUUAGCAAAGCCUGUGUCAAAAGAAUCACAUUCACUGGGCUGCUUCAGGCUGUUAUUGACAGCAUAAUAGAACAGAAGAAUGUGAAGUAAACACAAAUUGUAUCAUUUAUCUGGUGACUUGAGUUCUGAUCUUCCUGUACUUUCAGACAUGAACCGAGUUUGUUUUAAACUUUUAAAAGGGCGUCUGGAUCUGAUAAUUGGAGAAAUUAUCAUUUCACAGGUAGAUCUUUUGUGAGAUAUGAAUACAGUUAUGACUGUGUUGUUAUUAACAGAAAAAGGAAGAAAAAAGAAAAAAAAGGAAAAGCUGGAUUUGUUUUCAGGCUUAAUUUGCCAUUCGGUAAUAUACACUGAUGAUUUAUAAAGAUUAUACUGCAUUAAGUGUGAUGUAAGAAAUGUCAGCUCUUUUUCUGUGGCUAGUGGUCUGCUCUGUUUUAUGAACUUGUGUCUCAAACCAGUAUGCAGCAUGUUGUAGGACCUGAUAUUCAUGAUGGUAUACAUGAUAUACUAUUUCUGUCCUCAUUAGUGUAAAGUGUUUCUUCAUAAUUUGCAAAAAGAGGAAAGGGGAGUUCUGCAUGAUAUUUUUGAUUAUGUUUAGACUUCGGUAUAUAUAUUUUUUUAUUAAUUCAGAAGUUGCAUGCAGGAUUAAAUCAUAAAAUUACAGUAUUAUCUAUUGAAUUAUUUUCUAAACUUUCCAAGGUUCACAUUUAUUAGGAGGCUUAUUUGUUUGAGGCUUUAAGUGGUUAUAUGUUUGUCUUUUUAAUUCCACUGCGAAACAUAUGAUGGGAUGUCUUUAUUUAUUUAUUUAUUUUUUGUUUACACUGCUUGCGGGUAUUUGCCUAUAUUGCAGUCUUUGUGAUUGUUUAAAGCUUCCGUUUUACAAAGUUAUCUUUAUUCUGGCUUUAUAGGUUGGUAACAUUUCAGUUUUGAUUCAAGUACUUUAAUGUACUUUUACCAGUUUCAGCUGCUGUGUAUAAUUAAUGAACAUUUGUUAAUGUUUAUUUCUUAAUGUAAGUGAAGAUGAUCAGCGUCAACAGGUGCACUGGUGUGCAUAUGGAUUUUUUUAAAAACAAACAUGGCAGUCAUGGUAAAGCACAAAGUUCAUUGAAGAGAAGGGCUGCUCUGAUGAUCCUGGAAUCGUGAAUAUGUUGAAGGGUUGGAGACGUGAGGCAUAGUAUUUUAAUCAUGGAAGCAGGUUGAAGAAGAUUAUACGUGUUUGGUAUUGGGUGCUGAAAUAGUCUUUUGGAAUUUAACAGUCUUUUGAAAUGGGGAAUUUUUUAUUAUUUUUUUAAACAAAAAUACUUUGUCUAUGGCCAGUGAUUUUAUAGUUAAAUUGCUGUUCUAUGGCCAGUGAUUUUAUAGUUAAAUUGCUGUUCAUCGUCAUCACUGAGAAAUAGCUGUUCACUAAGACAAAGCUCUUAGUUACAUGCACAGUACUCUAUAUAUUAUAUAUAGCAGGCUGCUGAUGUUUAAAUAAGCUGUUUUGUGUGGAUUUGGACAACUUGCUCUUUGUAUCUUUUUGAUAUAGCAGAUUUCAAUCACUAUGGUCUUUACAUUUCAUUUGUUUAUUGCAGGAGUUCUGUAUAUAGAUAAGAGCUUCUCGUGCUAUUACCCUCUACCAUGGCCACGAAUUAAUCAUGUGCACUUUUCUCUAACGCGUAGAAAAUUUGACAUAACUUAUCCAGAGACAUCUGUGAGUAUCGAGUGAAAAAUCAAUCUGUGGCCCUGGUAGAGGGUAUCAUGCUACUAAGGUUACACCAGUCCUUCGUAUUACAACAGCAUUAUUUGAGGGGGCUUCAACUAAGAAAUCUUCAGAUUUUAAAGUUUUGCCUAAGAUUGUGUGAGAAUGUAUUGUGUAUUGAUGCAAUAUUGGUGUCAUAGAAUCAUAUUUUGUAAAAAAGGGAUGAAGUUUUCAGCACAGUCUAGGCAGUUUUUGAAGUGGUUCAGCAGGCUAACCAAGUAUUAAAUCGGUGCUCUGCCUGCAAUGGUCAGUUCAUCACUUGCUUCUCAUUACUUGAAGUGAGUUUUCGUAUACCUUCGAAAAAUUGAAAAAUAUUUCUUAUGAAAUAUUGGACAAUAAAACAAGGUGCUACUAA